UGGUUUUAGGAUGUGGUUUCCUCAAACCUCCUUGGUUAAAUCUGCUCAGUAGUAAGUCCCUGUACCAGUAACUUUUUCCCAGCUUCAUUCACAUUUCAAGAAGCACAAUUAUAUGUUUGAGAGUUCCUGUCAUCAGUUGUCCCUUUCCCCAGUCGCAACAGCCCAUUCUCCCUGCUCCUCUGCCCUGUAAACUUAACACAAUGUCAACUAAUACACAAAAGCUGUUAUUUCUUCCUAUUCCUGUUUUCCAAUGUGGCGCAUUCACAACCCUGAACUGAGAUAUCUGCUAUGAAUGGGCUCCAUCUCUCCAUUCAUUCGGACUAAAACGCACCAGACCACCAGACAACAAGCACUAGAGACUACGUGUGAAUGGGAGAUGGCACAGUACAACCAUUCACAUAAGUCAAGUAGGUUCAACUAGGAUUUCAGUGUUGCCUUUUUCAAUGCAGUAAUACAUGUAGUAUGGCUAUGACCUCUAACUACUCUGGCUCCUCUGAAGAACGUAAAGUGUUCAACCUGAAUGACAUUGGCUUGUGUUGACCACACAACUACGACAUGAGUGUGCAUGGCAUAAGAUCAUGUAGGAAUGGAGCAGGGUUAACCCAUAUGGGCACACAGAACAGGGCAUAACUCCCCUCAAACGUCCUCCAGUAAAACUAGAAAGUUUUAAUGAAACGUAGAGCGAGAGAGAGAGAGAGAGAGAGAGAGAGAGAGGGAUUAAACGGUAACACGAGAAUAACGUCACUCGCUCUCAGAUGUAAGCAGACUGGUCCGGAGAAACCCGCUUGCGCCUCACUCAUUCGUGGUCGAAGAGAGAAAGCGUGAGGUAGAAAUAGACUUGGACCAAGGAAUCGUGUGGGUAGAGGCAGCACACGGCAUUAUCCACAAAGAAACGUGUAACGCAAAAAUAGUGGUUUUAAAAAGUUAUUUCCGCCAGUUGGAUUUUUUUUUAUUGAAAAGCGCCUAUAUUCAUCGCUGGACGUUUUGGAAAACGUGGAAAACCUACCCGUGUGUAGUUGGUGAGAAGCCAGCUGGCUGGCCCUGGAGACACGCCUUCACUACGAUGUAGAGUCCAGAAGAGAGAGAACGAGAGAGAGAGAGAGAGAAAGACAAAAGCGAUACUGUUUUCUCGCUACGCACAAGACGGGAUAGAGAGCAAGUGAAAGAGGGUGAGUAAAGACAGUGGGAAGGACGGAAAGAAAAGAUAGAGUGACCGAGCAGAAAGAAGGAACAAGAGCAACAGCAGUGCCCGAACCACAUCAGGAGGAGAUAAGAGCAGAGAAAGAGAGGAACACUGUGAAUCAUUGACCUCAGGCCCUGCCUCCAAACCAGCCUCUCCCGCCCUCCUCCUCCUUCCUCCUUUCCCUGCGUUGGAACUGUUCACUCUCUCCCACACCUCUGUCACAACAGGAACCCAUUCUUUGCUCUCUCCCUCCACCCGUUCCCCUCUUCCUGAAAACCCCUGAGGACUUGAACCUUCACCUUUGACCCCACCUGUGUGACCCCUGGAUGACAGUCCACCUCUCCCGGAAUCAACCCCGUCAAACUUCACUGAACAGACAACACCAGGAACACUUCAGAAGCACUGCAAACGUCAACACCACCAUGUGUCACGUGAUCGUGACCUGUCGCUCCAUGCUGUGGACUCUACUCAGCAUCGUGGUCGCUUUCGGCGAGCUCAUCGCCUUCAUGAGCACCGAUUGGCUGGUGGGCUCCCCCCGGACACCGGACGCCGUCUUCAGCCCUCACGGCGCCACUGCAGCCGGCGAGGCCUACCGGCCCACCCUGGGCAUCUACGGCCGCUGCAUCAAGCUGCCCCACCUGCAGCGCGGCGUGCUGUGCGGGCCGUACGCCGCGCACUUUGGGGAGAUCGCCAGCGGGUUCUGGCAGGCGGCGGCCAUCUUCCUGGCGGCGGGCAUCCUGCUGCUGUGUGCCGUGGCCUUCAUCUCCGUCUUCACCAUGUGCUUCCAGAGCAUCAUGAAGAAGAGCAUCUUCAACGUCUGUGGACUGCUGCAGGCCAUCGCAGGUCUGUUUCUGAUCCUGGGUCUGAUGCUAUACCCUGCAGGCUGGGGUUCAGACAAGGUGCAGCUGUACUGUGGUCAGGACGCGGCUCCCUACCGGUCGGGGCUGUGCACCAUGGGCUGGGCCUUCUACACAGCCAUGGGGGGCACCGUGCUCACCUUCGUCUGUGCUGUGUUCUCCGCCCAGGCCGAGAUCGCCACGUCCUCAGACAAGGUGCAGGAGGAGAUUGAGGAGGGCAAGAGCCUUAUCUGCCUGCUCUGAGGCUGACGAGGAGGAAUGUCACGUCCUACCCCCCUCGUCUCCACUCUGGGGCCCAGCUGUCAAUCAAACGGAGCCCCCCCCCCCCCAAUAUUGUUUACCACUAAGACUGACUCUCUGACCUUUGACCCUGUAUUGUUGUUAUUGUUGAUGUGGGAGAAAUCUACAGUGCCAAGCUUUUCACAAACGUGUGUUUCAGUGUAUUUCCUCUCUCCGCCACCAGAGGUGCUGUCUGUCUGUGUUCUGUGUUAUUAUUUGUAAUGUGUGCCAGUACCAGCUACCCUGACACCAGUAAGUUUGUCUUGUAAAUAAGUGUGCAUAUACUGUACAUAGUGAUGAUGAUGAUGAUGAUCUGAGAAUGGUGGUCCUCUCAGCUCUGUUCAGGCUGUGUUUUAAAUGAUGUCACUCUCACCUUGAAUCCUGGUGUGAUGAUGUCACGACCUGAAGAUCCGCCUACCUGGUGCUAGUCAACUGUAAUAACUUAAAAUCCCAGAGAGAAGUUGCCCCUGGCUACAGAUCUAGGAUCAGAUUUCCCAACCCCAAAUCAUAACCUGAACCUAAUGGGGAGGAUCAAAUAACAUCUGACCCUGGACCAGCGGUUAGAGGGAACUUCUGCCAGCGCCAACUCAAGCCAGGUGUGAGUAAAUUUACAAGGGAACCACUACUCAGUCCAGUAAACUACUCUCAGACAUGGCCUUAGUUUAGCAUGGAAUCGUGAUGUCCUUACAGCUUACAGAAUGUACUGUCAAUUGAAAUGACCAAUGUAUGUCUUCUUGGACCCUUGAAAUGACCAAUGUAUGUCUUCUUGGACCCUUGAAAUGUAUUGAUGCGACACCUACACCAGCCAUGGUUCACACGGACUGCAUGAGCUUGCUAAGAGAGAGCUGUGGUGUGUUUGUGUGUGUGUGUUUGUUAUUGUGUGUGAGAGACUGCUUGGUUCCCCCCCCCCCACAUCUCUGAUGAUCCUAGCCUGGUCUCGUUGAGGUCCUCCUCAGCCGACUCCCUAUAAUCUAUGGACAAAGACUUGGACAACAACACACAAGUAUUCAUAUGAGUGUCUUGUUUCAGGGAGGACUCUUAUUCCUGCGACACCAAGGGAGGACUGUUAUUCCGGCAACACCAGCCACAGCGCUGGAGAGAAACUGUUGAAACGUGUGUUGUUGAAUGGUCAUCCCACUUUCCCCUCGGUCCGUCUCUGCCAAACCAAUAAAAACAGAAACAGAAAGAAAA